UCAUCAUCGCCUUACUCUUCCCGCCCUCGGAGUAUCACGGGAAGCUUCUGUACACGGGGAGAAGCUCACCAGGCAACACUGCUAUCGGCCUAGCGAAUCGGCCAAUCGGACCAUCAAGUAAGUUUUCCUGUGGCCGGUCAGCGUGCGCGUCUCGACUUACAGAGGACGACGGUAAUUGCCCCGUGUAUUCGAUCGAUUGAAGUACCCGUCCCGGAAAAACGCACACAAACAUACACAAACACACAGACACAGACACAGACACAGACACAGUGAUUACAGUUCGGUGGUGGUUGCGGUGGGACCAGUAACACACGGUAUUGGUGGUGGCUGUAGGCUGUGGUGUGCCGGGCGCGCGCUAGUAUGACGCUUGCUGAGAUGUACUCUUUCUCGACCAGUAGUAAAUCCGGUGCGAGCAGCGGCGGAAGUUCGCUAGUGUCGUCGACGACCUCAUCGUCCGGUGGUUCGUCGACCGUAUCGACGUCGUCGAUCGUCGGCGGGGAAGUGGCCGUUUCCGCUGCGUCCGCGUCCGUUGGGGCUACGAUUCAAUCGAUGGUUGCGUCGGUGGUGGCGGACCCUCCGGAGCUGGUCGCUGGUGCUGUGGAGCGUACGCCGGGCGCCGGUUGCCUGCCGGCCGUGUCGAGUGCGGCUGCCACGUCGACGGCGCUCACGAGCUCGGCCGCGGUUGCGAUCCUACAGCAAGCGCCGCCAGCCAGCGGUGCCGUGUUGUCGGCCUCUCCGCGCGCGGAUCAGCUCGUGCCGAAGUUGGGAGGACCGUCGCCGAACAACAGCAGCAGCAGCGUGUGCAGCAACGGUAGCAGCACCAGCAGCGGCAUGUUUCCCGAGGUGUUCAAGCUGGACGACAUGCUGGACCUCGAGAACGUGGGCAAUGGUGCGCUGAGCGAGAAUGGCAGCACCGGCGGUGACUUUCAGCUCGACAACAGCUCCCUGUCGGAUUUGAUGGAGCAGGACUGCACGCUUUGCAAGAAUAAAUUCACUUCGCCCCGCGUACUCUCCUGCCUGCACGUGUUCUGCGAAAGCUGCCUGGACAAGCUGCUGGCGGAGGGUGCCGGCGACAAGGGUCUCGAUGGCGGGAACGGCAGCACGAUCGUUUGCACCAUCUGCAAACAGGCGACUCCCACCGGUCCGAAGGGUGCCGCCGGGCUGCAUCAGGAUUACAUUCUGAGCAACGUGCUCGAUCUGUCUACCAUCGAGCCGGCGCUGCUGGCGUGCACCUCGUGCAAGAGCAAGGAGAUGGCGAUCUCCCGCUGCAACGACUGUGCCAACUUCCUGUGCGCCAGCUGCGAGUAUGCGCACCAGCACAUGCGCUGCUUCGAGGAUCACAAGGUGGUGCAGCUGGCCGAUCUGCGCAAAUCGGCGGAGAAGGUGGCCAUUCACAAGCCGCUCUACUGUCCGGUGCACUCGAUGGAAAAUCUGAAGUACUACUGCUUCAAUUGUCAGACGCCGGUUUGCAAUGAGUGUUUGAUCGGCGAUCAUAAGGGUAGUGAGCACAACUACCAUAUCAUCAGCGACGCCGAGAAGCCGAUGCGCCAGGAGCUGGAGUGUUCGAUGCGCGAGGCAAAGUCGAAGAUCGAGUACUGCAAUCAGGCGACGAGCAAGCUGGAAUCGUCCCUGCACGUCCUGCAGAGCCAGUACGAGACGGCGCGCGGCCUCAUCAACGAGUCGUACCAGAGCUGCAAAGCGGUGCUGGAGCAGUGCCGGGAGAAUGCGCUGAAAAAUCUGGAAAAGCUGCACUCCGAGCGCGAGCUGAAAAUCAUGGACCUGUACGACAACGUGGCGAAAUCGGUGGAGAAAAUCGAGGUCGCUGCCAAGUACGCCCGCAAGGUGGUGGAUCAGGCGAACGGGCCGGAAAUGCUGAGCAUGAAGAGCAUGAUAUGCGCCCAGCUGAACCAGGUCAUGGUCACCGCGCCGAAGGUGGAUGUCAGCUUCUCGAUCGAGUUCCAGAGCAACUACGAGAAGUUCGAGCAGCUCGUGCCGGAACUGUUCGGCAAGUUCCGCACCGAAUCGUCGCUGCCGGUCAGCGUGAACGAAACGACCCCCUCGCCCACGCUCCCGGGCGUGCCGAUCAUGGUGGCCGAUGCGCACCACCAGCCGGUGAACGGUGGCUGCGGGCUUAGCCAGGGUCCGCUGACCGCGUCGGUAACGGCGAGCAGUCCGAUCUCGCUGCCAACGUCGAUGCAAUCGUCCUUCGACGGCGACAUUUCGACGCUCGGCACCACGUACAUGCUGCCGAACGUGCUGACCCCGGAACCGGCGACCGGUGCGGCCAACAUUGCCGGCCCGCCCAAUGCGCUGAGUGCCGGCACACCGUCGCCGGGCGUGGUCGUCGGUACCGGUCCCGCCACCACCCUGCCCGGGCUGUCCAGCAUCGCCGAGUAUAAUCUUCACCGGCUGGCAAAUCUGGCCGGCGAGACGGCGUCGAACGAUCUGACCGAUUCGAUUGUGCCGGUGGUGAACAGCAACCCUGCCACCGGGCCGGCCGGUGGGGCCACGCCCAACUUUACGCUGGCCGACCUGAUCUCCGGCAACCAGCACGCGAUCCAGGCGCUCGCGAAGUACUCGAUGGGCGGCCAGGACAUGAGCAACGGUGCGAUGCUUUCGGCCCACCCGAGCCUGGACAGUGUACCGAUGAUGAGCGAUUUCCCCGGCGUGCUGCCGGGCUCGACAUCUCCUAUCCUGCCCGUUCCACCGAACAUGCCAAACAUAGAUGGACCAGGAAUGAAUGGGGCUGGUAGCGAUAUGGCCAUGAGCCGCUUCCAGCCAUCGAUGUGUGUGAAUGGGCGUACGAAGGCCACGCCGAUGCAGAUUCGGACCAAGUUCGGCUCGCUCGGGCAAACGAAGGGCCAGUUCAACUCGCCGCACGGUUUCUGUCUCGGCGUGGACGAGGAAAUCGUGGUGGCCGAUACGAACAAUCAUCGCAUCGAGAUAUUCGAAAAGAACGGAACAUUCAAGUUUUCGUUCGGCGUACCGGGCAAGGAGGAGGGUCAACUGUUUUACCCGCGCAAGGUGGCAGUGAUGCGCACCAGUGCCAAGUUUGUCGUGUGCGAUCGGGGCAACGAGCGCUCGCGGAUGCAAAUCUUUUCCAAGAACGGCCAUUUCAUCAAGAAGAUCGCCAUCAGAUACAUCGAUAUCGUUGCUGGGUUGGCCGUUACAAACAAGGGGUUAAUCGUAGCAGUGGACAGCGUCUCGCCGACCGUGUUCAUCAUUUGUGAGGAUGGCAAUCUCAUCCAUUGGUUUGAUUGCAGCGAUUUUAUGCGCGAACCAUCCGACAUAGCUAUUAAUGGCACCGAUUUCUUCGUGUGUGAUUUCAAGGGACAUUGCGUGGCCGUAUUCUCCGAAGAAGGUACGUUCAAGUAUCGUAUCGGCAGUGAGAAGAUUACCUGCUUCCCGAAUGGUAUCGAUAUAUCCGAUGCUGGAGACGUUCUGAUUGGCGAUUCGCACGGCAAUCGCUUCCACGUCGCGUGCUAUUCGAAGGAUGGGCAACUGCAGUCUGAGUUCGAAUGUCCCUAUGUCAAGGUGUCACGAUGCUGCGGUCUUAAAAUUACCUCCGAGGGAUAUGUGGUAACUUUAGCGAAAAAUAAUCAUCAUGUCCUGGUACUGAAUACGCUCUACAUUCAGUGAUCAAUAGCGGGGGCACGAAUACUGAAACCUAAUUACUGAGCCAUCCGGCACACAUUCUCUUCUAACAACGUUGAUCCUAGUGCACGUUAAAUCCCCCAUCCCUCGCUUCCCACGGGCCGUGAGUAUCAUAUUCAUCUAUCCUAUGGUUUAUUUAUGACAUUCACCAUUCCACGCCAUGCCUACCAACGCGUGUUUGAAUGCGUCCAUCGUCCAGUGAAGAAAUUCGGCGAUCGCUACACCACCAGCAAUAAUGGGAUUCUUCACAGAAACAAAACAAAAACACUAAAAAAAAAAAACAAAACUCUGAUGGCCAUAGGAAAACGGUGGGGGAAUCGUUAUUAAUCGAGCUUUCGUGACAUGGGUUUUAUGUCAUGAUACUGCUUAGUCUGUACGUUUAUUAUUCGUUUGGCGACUGAUUCGCCAUUUGCAAUUAAUUAUCAACCUUCCCCGAGCUCUAAACCCUCCAAAUGCGCAAGGCAAGGCAUGUGAGAAGGCUUCAUUUUAUUUCAGAGAGACGGAUGAAUGAUAUUAUUUAAUUUUUGUAGAACAAAGAUUAUCAUUAUUAUAAUUGUUUGUAUUCUUCGUAAGUAACGUUCGCAAAUCUGUAAUCCCCGUUUGUUUAUGUUAAGCAAUAUUUAUUCUCUGAAGAUGACAACAAACAACAAUACAUGAUCUCUGUUUUUAAUGUGUUUGCAUAACCUUAGUGAGACAUUGGUAGCAAGGAGCGAAGGCAUACAGUUUUAGUAGUUUUAUUUUCGUCAAAACAAGAACGUACUGUGGGGUUUCCUAAGAUUGAAAAAGCGCCUGAACUAUAAUAUAUUUACAGUGGUGAAGCAUGUUUAGCAAGAGAGGAUUAUAUAACGCGUAGGUCGUAAAUAGUGCACCAUCGGCGAACCUUCAUACACAACGAGCGUGCAUUAUUCGUAGCAAACACAACAAUAUUUCGCAUUUAUUGCGCUGGAAAGUAUCUCUACAUCUAUUUACGACGGCAGUACAAAAGUAACACAACUUUUGAAAGAGAGUCCAAACAUUAAGUAGCAUUCUCUGUAAAUAGUAUCGAAAUAUGGCACAGCGUUUGAUCUACAACAACAAACCAAGUACAGUCGCAAUGGCAAGAUAUGUUCUCAAACUCGAUCGAAUGAAAAAUGUUCUUGCGAAUGCGUCACCAACAGGCAAGCUAAGACACGAAGCUUCCGAAUAGUUGGAGGUUGUAAAUGUGCAAGGUGUGUCUACCAUUUCACAAAAAAUAUGUAUUGGCCGUUGCAUUAUCGCAUCCUGCAUGGUCCUGCAAGGAGCCCAUUGGGGUGAACUACAUUAAAGAAACAUUAAAAGAGCGUAUUUUCUGUGUCGAAACCCGCACUUUCCUAAAUGGUAAAACUAGGGAAUGAGGGAAUGCGUUAUGAUCAAUACAUAUAUAUAUAUAUAUAUAUACAUAUACAUACAUAUAUUUUUUGAAUCGAGAAUUAGAAAUAUUACCCUAUGAAAAAAGAGCUAGCCAACAAAAGAGUGAAAGAGUGAGAGAGGGAACGGAAAGUGAAACGCUAGCAAGUUUAUACACUUGAUCGAAAGUCCUAACAGCAAUACCAUUUUUUUCCAUUAACCGAACGUUUUUGUAGGAAGGUUACGCGCACUGCUGCAUGCACUACAAAGUGGUUGACGUGGAGGUAAAAACAGUAGCAACUAAGAAGGAACGUAAAUGAUUUGUAUCUGCACCGCGCUCCUCCUCUUACGAACAUUUACUAUUUAGGUUUGUGGGGUUUUGUGUUGUUAGUAGGGGGUUGUUCACUACUUCCUAAAAUCAUGUUCCACGUUUUUUUUCCUAUUUUAAAUAUUCUUUUAUUAGCUUAUUGUUUAAGACACAGCGAGAGACUUUUAUCGUCGCUAAGUUAGUUUUAUAGUAUCACUUUUUAGUGGCACCCGUGUUAACGGGAUUUUUUUUACCUGUCGGGUUUUUAAUUGAUGCAGAAAGACAAUGCUUUGUGAUUUUUUUCGUAGUUCCGUAAUUUUUGAAAAUGUGACAUUGCGAUUUCUCGCACUGGAGCUUUUUUGAUCGUUGAAACAGUCCACCAGUAAACAAUGUAUUUUUCUUAUUGGAUAGAUUUUCUCCCACCAACAAAUCGAAGCGAGACUAAAUUUGUUUGUAAAGCUUUAUAAUUUCUUAUCCUUUGAAUUUGAAAUGGUUAGCAGUAUUUAUUUAUAUUUUUUGUUUCCAACCGUAAUUGUUUUUUUAAAUAUGUAUAUCUGUGUUCGUUGAAAAUCGCAAAGCUCAAUAAUUUUAUGCUGUACCAUUAUUAAGAACAACAGUCGGUUCCUUUUUAAUCCUAAUCGGUUUUUCUUGGGAUAAAAAUUAGUUUAAGUUAUUUUUAUAGGCUCAAUGGUUAAAACGUUUAUUUCUUUCUAAUUAAAGCUUCACCCGAAACAUUUUGGGAAUUGGGCGUAAGAUGUAUUGGCUUACGUCAAUGCUAUGUGAUCAUCACGUGGGAUUUUACAACGUGUCGUAUAUAUCCGUAUGUAGAACGAACCGUGUAGCUGGAGCGACAAACAAAUAUUGCUAGUCUCAAAGUUGACUCAAAAAAAUCAAUUCAUGUUAACAUACCUGUUUUGAGCCUAAUGUUUGUGCAGCAGAUAAAUUGGCCAAUCGAUUAAUUGUGCUGCGUUCGUUUGGUCUUUAAUUGUGCAAUGUGCAAAUUUUUUGUUUCAUUUUUUACAUGUUAUACUUGUAUAAAAACAAUUGUAGGGAAACAAUCGGGAUGGCAAUCAAUCGAUUGGCACAGUAUUUUGUACUCCUUAUGACAGGCUAUUCUCAUUAUAACUAUAACCGCGGUUGGUUAUGCAAGAACUCCGGAAUGUAAAUUAUCUGAAGAUGUUUAUUUCUCUUCUUUUUUAUAAGUCGAUCAUGGACUUGGCUAGCUAUGACUUAUUGGUUUACCGUGACGGGCUUGUUGUAAAGUCGUACGACGAUGCUAAAACACGCGGAAAUAUACGGCACGCCAAUAUAAAUAUUCCCGGAAGAAUGUUUAAAGAAGUCAAAGUAGGGGCUAACGCUUAAUGAUUUGGGCACACAUUUCAUAAAUCACUAAAAGACAAACAAUGUUUCUUAAAAAAAAGAAGUUAUUUUAUUUUUCAUGCGAAUCUCGUUCAUUUUAAAGUGCAUUUUUGUUUAGAUACAUAUAUGUGUUUGCUUUUGUGUUCUCACAAUAGAAUCUCGAAGAAGGUAUUUUUUGUGUUCAAUGCUGCAAAUGAAACGAGUAUCUCUUCCCCUCACACCGAACAUCCGAGCGAUAUUGGAAAGCAAUAUUUGAAUGCCAUAUUUUUUAUAGUUUAUCAAAUCAGGUUCAUCUACAAAUGCGGUUCGUGAAUAAUAAUAAUUGGAAGGGAAUCACUAUAGCAAAUUAUGGGGCAUGAUUUAUUAAUAUUGUUUAACCCUUGUGCAGUUGAAGCAGAGGAGGGGUCUCAAUAAUUUUAUAUGCGUAGUUUAUGGAGUGUGGCGAGUUACUGGUUCUGAGCUCUUUUUAUGUUAAUCCACUAGACAUAUUCGAUAUUUAUCGCGUCAUUCAUUUGUGUGCAUUUGCAGUGUUUUUGGAUGAAUGAUAUUUUUUACGCUUGGUUAAAAUUUAUACAUCCUUCAAAAGACAAACAUUUGUGGCUACGGUGUGCGUACUUGUGAGUAGAGGAAUUUGAUUGUCAUCAUAAAUUAUAGCUAGCCAAAAAAGAAUGCUUCCGUUACAAAUCUAGAACAGCAUUUUUCACUUUGAAGAAACAAUACAAAAAUAUACAAAAAAAACUAUAUAUAUAUACCUAGAUUGCAAGCGUUUAACAGAAGGAAUGUUAUAUGAAAUGGAAAACGAAAAAAAAAAGAAAUACCGUUUCACAAGGUAGAGAGAAAUCUAAUCCAAAGCAAAAUAUUUUAUAAUUGAAACAAAAUAUUUUUUGCCUUAAAUUUUACAUUUAUACAUCUAUGAAUAGUAAUAUUGCAACGAUUUUAGAGUGCGCAAAAUGAGGCGAACGAGGAAAACAGCUCCUUCUUAUCAAUUAGAAGGGUAUGCUGCACGUAGAAUGCAAUCGGAAAAUAUACAACCAGUACCGUACUAUACUAUCAAAUGGCAGUAAGAUAUUUUAUUUAGUUUCGCUAAAAUCAACAGAUACAUGCGCGUGUCCGCAUGUAUCGCAUGCAGAGCUGUAAUGUUUGGCGUACCUUUAAACACGAAAAAGAGAUGAAAAAAAAACAAGAUAUGUGAGAUUUUUUUAAACGUCUACCACAUCAAGUCCAAAUUAGUAAAGCAAAAACGAAGGAAGGUACAGGAUGGCAGGAAAAAAAUAAAACCAAUAUGAUAAUAGACGAAUAAAUUCAUAAUCAAGUACAGUUAUCUCAACGUUCGCAUCCCACGGAUACUAGAACUAAAACAUUAAAAGUUCCUUCUCAAAUCAAUAAAUCAAUCGGGCUGCGUAAUCGUUCACUGGUGGUAGAUACUGUAACAUCUCGAAGUAAACUUACAUCUGUUGGAAAGAGCUAUGUUGCCCCGGGCUGGAUUGAAUUUUUCGUGUAGAUUCAUUUUAGUUAACACAGUCACAAUACCAUCUUGCACUGCUGUCCGAAUGAUACUUCCUUCGGCACUUUUAUGACCCGCCAAACGAUUCUACACACCAAGCCGAACACACUCUGCAGUACGAAAGCAGUUCCUUAGCAAUUUUUGCCAGCAUAUUUAUAGUUUUAGUGUAGGUUUUACGGCACAAAUAAAAGCUGAAAUUUGAUACGCUUUUACUUUUUAGUUACGCUUAGCCUUGUUUGUUUUAUUUAACUAGACUAGAAAUUGCACGAUUGACUUCCUUGUUAGGUUUGUGACUAGAUGAUAAAAUUUGUUUACAGUUUUUGUAACACAAUGUUUUUUUUUGUGUUUUCUUAGAUGGUUAGGGAAGAAUUUUGUUUCGACUUAAUUUAAUGACAGUAGCUAAGAAAAAGUCAAUCAUUUAUUUGCAAUAUAUGUACAUUGCCAAACCAGAAAAUGUAUAAUGAGAAAUCAUAAUUACAACACACCCCUUUUGCAAAAGAUCUAUUUGCGAUGAGAGCUUGUCAAAAGUUAUUUAAAAAGUAACGAAACUCCGAAAGCAAUGUUAUACACUACGAAGAGCGACACCUAAUUCCUAAGCACCUUCGUUUCUGGUUCUGCAUAAUUAUCCUAACAAAAGAAAAGAAGUAAUAUGAAGCAAAAGUACUAAACAUUAUUUUUUCUUUUUUGCAUAAUUCCAUACCGUCUGAACAGUUCCAUGCUUAGAAUGGAACACAGGUAUAAAACAGGCAUGAACACAUAUCAACGCUACAAAAUCCAUUGUAUAAAGUCAAUUUUAGAAGAAAAACAAUCCGCAACAAAAGAAUCGCCUAGUUAUGGGCAGUUGAUUGGAGUUACUUACCUCUUUCAGUCUAAACUAAAUAUGUAUUUUUUCCGUUCGGUCAUUGAACUUGCUCAGAAUGGCUCACGGGGGUAGGAUUGUAGGUUGAUAAAAGAACAACAGCACAUAAUGGAAUAUUUUUGAAUCUGCCAGUUGGCGGAAAGAUCCGAUUAGUAACAUCCUCCUGAUGUAUGUAUGCAACAGUGCAGUGUUUUAAGCAGAAUAACAAAUAGAGACUAACUUAACCUGUUAGAAAAUAUAAAUAAUCAUGCAACAUAGUGCCAUCUGUAGGGGGGAAAACGAACUAUUUUAAUGUGUUAAAAUUCCUUUUGGAAUGAUUACUUUCGUUUACUGCAUAGCCGUUUUGCGUUUCACGAUGAAAAGCGUUCUAUGAACAAAAAAGAAUAUUACAAUGAAAUUAGCGUAUAGAGCCGUACAUAAUAUACUUUGAGAUAUAAAACAUGAGGUAACAAAACUCUUUGCACACAAAACAGGAAACGUCCGUAAAAGUAGCGAGACGAACGACAAUGGUCGAAAAACAUUAGGUUUUAUUAUUGUUCCAUCACGUAAUAUUUUUGUUGUGAGGAAGAAAAAAGAAAAAAAAGGGGACGAACAAAGCAAGGAAAACCUAUCGAUGGUUGUAGAAAUGUUUCUUGUUUGAACCAAUUUUGUCGCAAGUAGAUAUUAAGCUUUUUUACGUAUUUACAUUACACAUAUAUAUAGGGUAUAUAUAAUAUGCAAGGGUGAUGCAAAAUCAAGAAUAAAGGUAAUCGGCGAAUAUACUAAAUUUUAUUUUUGUACACUAAAAGAAAUCGAGCAAACCUAUAACCUACACCGCGAAUUUGAUUGUGCACACCCUUUUUAACGAAGCAGAGAAGCCUUUUAAAAUCACACAUUUUGUAUCUAUAUUUAAUGAACAUUUUAGGUCAAACUGUUCAGGAUAUACUUUCCUCCCAUGUUCGCAUAAUACAAGACGUUGGCUGAUGUCACCAAAUGAUCUUAAACCGAACACAUACAUACAUGUGUAUAUGAAAUUAGAGUUAUACACGGGGCAUUUUGUUGAAAAAAAAAAAGAAACAACUGGACAAUAGCGUUUCGUCUAAAGGGUCGCGCAUGAAUUCUACAGCGCAUCUUACGAGCUCCAAAACCAGCUCCUUUGACUCCUUUGAGUCGAAAAUGUAUUUGUUUGUUACAAGUAAAAAAAAAAGAGUCAAGAUUAUAGUUGGUUGGGUUUUAGUGAGAAUAAAUAAAAACAACAGAAAGUAAUGCACUGCACAACUGCCAACAAAAUGUAGGACGAUUUUGAUUGGCAAGAUGAAUUCUGAAUAGUAGUACUCCAACAUGUUGUUUCCUUCCUACCUGCGCGCACUGUCUAUCAUACUCACCAACUUUUACCAACAAUUCUUGUAACACUAAUAUCCAAUCACUUGUAAUUCUUCGAUUAGUCCACGUAUAUCGAAUGCAAAUUGUAUGCAAGUAAUACCAGCAGUACAUGCUCUGCACGCGCGCGACAAAGAAAUUUAACCACGGUCCGGCACCGUGUUUCAAUAAUUUUUCUCAUAUUCCUUAUACAAUUCAAAAGGAACGUAUAGUUCGGAACUGAAUGCAAUCUUUUUAGACAUAACGAGAAACCUUUACACUAUGAAUUCACACACACCUUUUCAAGCAUAAUAAUAGCAAAAAAAGGAGAAGGUUGAAGUAUGUCGAAAUAAAUCUUAAAUCCAGGGAGUCCUACUACUACUAUACAUGUAUAUGAAUGAAAAUACACAUACAAUUUGUAAAGUACAGUUCUAGCUUUAAAAUUAAAUCCAACAGCGAGUCUGCAGAAUUUUCUAUUUUUGUAGUUCGAUAUUAUUGUGUGUAUGCAUUAAAGAAUAUAUACACAUACACUUGCGUUACAUAUAAAUAUAUACUCCUUAUCGAAAAGUAAUCGUCCUGAAUGGAGGAGACCAGCCAGACAGGCCAUCAGUAGCCAGGCAAAAGCUGCAAAAGAAUCAACCUGAUAAGAAUGGGAAACCGAAAACAAGCGUACGGAUCUAAAUGCAAAAAAAAAACCCAAUGUUCACAAUAAUAUUUGAGAUCAAUUUGAUAAUAAUAUAAAUCACAAUGCAAUUAUAAAAUGCUCACGAUUAUACAAUUUUAACUGACAUUGAAUGGGUACGAUUCGAUCACAUUGGGGGCGGGUGAGAAAGAGGGGAAGGAAAGAGGAGAACAGAGCCUCUCGUACAUUAUCUUAAGCGCGAGUGUGUUUGAUUGAACGAAUCGUGCUACCUUUCUUCUUCGAGUGAAAAGUACCGUAUCAGAGCUAUCGGAUUUAGAAACAAUGCAAUCACACCUGUGGUGUAACAUCUUACUAACGAUCUUCUUCACAUCUUCUACAUGCAUUAAAAUCUCCUCCCCCCUCCCCUCACCACAUCCUAUUCUAAAUGAAAAAAAACCCCGCAAAAUCUGCACUCAGUACAGUGGAAGCAUGUACAAAAUCUAAAAUAACAUAGAACUUACUCUACUUACUAAGCACACGUAUGAAAUAUUUAUAUGAAACAAGAAUAGUAGACAAAUAUUUAAAUCAAUUCUAAUGAUGUAUUCUUCAGAUUCUCAUUCUGCGUUUCUCCAAAAUACAAUAAUAUAUAUAUAUGAACCGUUUAAAUCCCCAUACAAAGUAAAGCAAGUAAUAGGGGAGGACCCAAAUAACGCAGAUGAGGAAAGUAAAGAACGAAAGGUGAAAAAAACAAGAAGCGAACGAAAGGAAGAGCAGAUCUGCGAGAGUUCAUUUCAAAGUUGCUGUCUCGCGGGGGUUGUACAACUAUUAAAAGUCACAACAACAACAAAAACAACAGACGUUGGAUGGUGUGGUGUUUUAUUGAAGGGGGGAAAAAGCUAUUUACAUGCCUACUAUACGUGUUAAUACGAAUUUUAUAAUACUUCUUAUGUAUACAAAAGCAGCUAAGCCACCAAGCUUGGCUGAGAGACAGAAAGUAAUAGGAAGAUGGUAAACCAAAAAGGGGGCUACUCUUAUCUUUCUACGCCGUACAAUAACAUCACACAAGCUCAGCCAUUCGUGUGGAUAAAUGUGGAUAUACCAUCAGAGCAUUUAGAGAAUAUUUCCAACACUUAUUACCGAUCGAUCCAACACAUCAUUACGAAUCGAUGCUCUAGUAAAGUGUGUCCAGCAGCAGCAGCAGGCAGGGAUGCAUCGUUCGGGGGGAAGCAAAAUGGCAUGAAAAAUUAAUCUUAUUUUAGUCAGAGUCAAAUAUUUAAUGCAGCAGCAGCGGCGCACGCACCAUAUACCAGUAAUAGUCAAAACCAUCUCUUGCCUAAUAGUUUUCAUAUUUAGCGUUAUGGACAGCACCACUACUUAUAGCUGGAAGAUAUUGGGCGGAGAGCGAGGGAAGCGUAUUAUUAAUUUUUCCCAAAACAAGGCAAGUCCCUCCUCUGUACCGGCAAAUCUGUGGGAAAAAUGGAAAAAGAUAUAGAGGGCAGAAUAAGAGUGCGAGUAGUCAUAGCAUAAUCGUUGAGCAGAAGAAAGGUAGAUGAAAUUAAAAUGUGCCAUGCAGCAGGAGCAGCAGCAGCAGCAGCAGUGAGAUAGAUGUUUGAGUAUUUGUUUUAUUUUCCCCCUUUUCUGUGCGUACAUUAGUGUCGUGGUUAAUAAUAACCGUUCAGGCUAGCUAUUCAACGGUUUAACAGCUUCUUCUGAUACUGGUCCAAUGUGGUUGCGGGUAAUUUAGUUCGUGCCGAAAUGUAAUGAAAGACCCUGCUGCAGACAAUGUAGCUUGCUGUAGCUGCCAUUUCCAUUCAUUUCGAUAACACCCGACCCAGACCAUCCUUUUUCCGCGGAAAUAUGUCUCUUCUGACACUCCGUUUUUAUUAACUCUGUUUCAAAGUGUAAGUGCUGCUGCACUCUCAGGGCCAGCAUUCGGUUGAGUGUGAGCUGCUUGCUAUACCCGCCUGAGGUAGCCUAUUGUUUUCACAAUAUGUGAAACCACUUUACCACCACAAUUGGCACAGAUUGCGGAAGACUGUAGGCAGCAUAGAACAGACCAUUUUCGACAUAUUUAGAACACCUGGAGAAACAUUCUAACGAACGACAUGAUACCGCAUUCGCUUUAGGCAUAGGUUCAGUUAGUAUACUUACAUUACGGUUUUUGUAGUUAGCAAUAUUUGGACAGCCUUUCGAUUUCACGCUAAGUCUUAUUAGGCGCACGUUGAAAGUAUUUUACCACCCAUCUCCCCCCCCCCAUCCCCCCUCUCUUUAGCGUUUGCCUCCCGUUGGUGUGUGAUGAUAAUAGAAAAGAGAGAAAAAAAUACAAAAAAGAAGAAAAAAAUAACAAAAUAAUUCGUGUGAUGGAAAACCACCUCACCUGUGUACCACAUUUCGAAAACGGGCGUUCGACAACGCUGCUAAAAUUUGCGACUGUGCGUGCGCAGUUGUAGUGAGGCGGAGAGAUACAUUUCAAAAAAGAUAGCGAUUUUUGAGUUUGUGAAAUUUUGUAUUUUAUUUUAUACUUUACCCAAACAACAAGUCAGGAUUGUGUUAAGUGAGGAAAAGUUAAACUUUACUAUAAUUUUACUAUUGAUGUAGUGCCUUUUGCACGGUUUAGUGUUAAUAUUUUGUUCGCUUUUACACACAAAAAAUGUACAUAAAUUUUAUAUAGAAAUAUAUUAUAUACAUACAAAUUAUACAAGCAGGAAUUUACAAAAGGAAUGAAUAAAGUUUUACAGUUUUAUUUACCUUCUCAUGUGGGUUUGUUCAUCCACGUUUUCGUUUGCGUUUUCUUGGUUGCGUCUUUUGGUUCUCUUUUGUGCCCAGUCCAGUGUGCUUCAGCUUUAUUAUGAUUUUUUUCUUUGUGUUGCGGUUCCCUUAUUGUGUUUUGUGAUUUCCGUUCCGUCACCGUUCCGAAGCGACGACGGCCAGCUCGUCAUAUCGGUAGCACACACGUUAUUUAAGGUUUUGGAAAGAUAGGAAUUAUUUUUAUAGAAAAGAUAGUAAUAAAACAAAAAAUCGCCUCACAUUUGAUGUCUUCCUAGUCCCUUUUGAUGACCUUAGCCAGUAGAAUGUAUUAUGGGUUGAUUCUUCUUCAGUUUUUUUACAUAAUAGUAGGGAGUGAAAAAUUACUAAACGAUUGCUAAUAUACUAACCACUCAGCUCUGUCUGUGUAAGCUGUGGAGCAGGAUUUGUUCAAACUGUUAAGAUGAAAGAGGGAUAAAUAAUAGUGAAGAAAAAAUCGAAAGUGAGUUUAUUUCUGGCAACUGUUCUGCAUUGGGGGUACAUCCAUUUAUGCAUUACCAUUCGAUUUCUAGGAGUCACGAUAAUCAACGGAAAGCUAAACAGGAAAGAAUUAAUAUAGAACAAAAUAGUAUAGAUAUUUGUGCUGUGGAAAAUUAAGGAAUCUGAAAGAAUGGGGGAAAACAAGAACAACACAAAAUAGCAGACCCAUGCUUGGCCGUUACGUUCCCACAGUGCUUUCUGAUUGAUACCAUUUGAUAUAUGCAGUACACACCCGAAUUCUUCAAUUCGGCAUAAAGUAACAACAUUUUGGAAAGAUCAAUCAAAAGUUCCGGCACUGAUCGGUGCAGUCAAUGAUGGGCAACGCAGUGGGCAUUGGGCAUUGGGCAUAAACAAACGAAAAAAAGUGUUACUUUUAUUUACAUUCCAAAAUAAUUUUACUGUCGUGGGAAUAUUAUUGUUGUUAGUAAGUGUUAGAAAAGACAAUAUAACAUAAAUACGUUUAACAAAACUGGUCUAAUAGAGUCGCUCAUGGUUAGCUAUGGUUUCUUUUGUGUUUAUAUAAACUUUGCUAUAAAAAUGAAACCCCAUUAGUGUACGGUUGUAGGAUGGACAAGUACGGUAUAAUGGUGUCCUCUCCAGCAUGCAACCAUUGAAUGGGACAGCCUACAUACACUGUGAAAAUAUACCACACACCAGUACCAAGGGAAGGAAUGAAAUGAAAUCAAAUAAAUAUUACAAGUCCAAGAAAAAAAAAAGAAGAAAACAAAGCAAACCAAAACCAGCCAAAACGAGUGUUUGCUAAGCACGCACCACCGCACAACAGCAUUGCGUGGGUAAGCAAUGCAACCAAACAGCUGCAGCCGAAAGAAUACGCUGCUAGUUGAAUGAAUCACUGGUCAGAAUCAGUGUAACAAAGACAUACACGGAACAUCUUUUAUUUUUAUUUGUGUUUGUUUGAUAAAAAUGAACCUCCAAAGCACAAGAUUCCUACAUUUUCACUACGAGCUAUAGUUGGUCUGCGAAACCCUUCUUGUGACUAUAUAUAUAAAGUAUUUUUACGUAUUUAGCUCGUACUCAAAAGGUAAUAACGCGCUGAAGAGCAUCCCUGUGAGAGGGAGAAAGGGAUGGGAAGGAAAGAAUAAGAAUAUACCUUAUUAUAUACACAAUUAUAUGUAUGAGUAUAUAAUAAUAUAUACAUGCAUAUAUGCAUUUAGAUAUACUUAUACGUAUAAAGGAAACAAAAGAAGCUAGAAGUCGUAUGGACACUGAAUUUUUAACAUAGUUUAAUCUAAAACAAACCAAAACAUAAAUCUUUGAAGUGUUAUACCUCUUUCGUAGUUUCUUUUCCGUAUGAAACCAUUGCAAAGAAGAAUCCCCCUGUAAGAAUAAUAAUACGAAUCCCUAUUAUGGAAGAUGCAACAUCGUAUUGGGGCGUACGCGGCGAAGAUUCUUCGUAACGAGUCUCACGCAAUAUUCUUCCAACCGUGAAGGUGCUAGCGUUUAGUAGAAGUGGGGUGAUGCGCCACGUAGGUUUGACGCACUCGGCACAAGUGCUGUAAUGAAGCGGUUGGGUAGUGCAUAUUACCAAGCUUUGGUCCUUUUCAAUACUUUGGACCCCUCCAGCCAUACGCUCGCAAGCAACAGCUGACUGUGAAGUGAAGAUGUACGAUACCAACUCUGACCUUUAGCUGUACGCACACUCUAUCUUUACCGUAAACGCUUGCUGCUGGUUAUGCUUGUUAAAGAAAAAUGUGUCCAUUGUUUGAUAUGUACACGUUGUUCAAGAUGGUGGUAGGUAGCCGGUGCUCAGUAACACGCACGAGGUGCGCCAACGUGCAUUCUAUGGCGAGUAUGGCACAAGUAGAGGGAAGCAGUUAGUUGCUCAUGGGGUAACCAGAGCUGCAUCCUACCAUGUAGCGUCGAAAUGAUGAGGGAGGACUCCCAAUUGAAUCGGCUGUCCUAGUAAGUCUUGAUAGGAACUAGCUGUGUGUAUCUUCGUAAGCCGGCCGCUACGUCCUUCUAGUCACAGGGUGUGUUAGUGGCAACGAAAAGUUUUUUGAAAUGUUCGAUGAACUAAAAAAACAUCCAUAUUUUAUGUUUUUAAAGUGCAUCUUUUGCUUGUAUUACUUUGAUCGUUACAUACGAUAAUUUGAAUUAUUAAUUCCUUUCAAAAGCUAUAUUUUUCGCACACCCACAACUUAAGAAGAAUAUAUAAUAUAUAUGUAUAUAUAGUAUGCCUUGUCUUUUUUAUAUACACAUAUUUAUUAUACACAAAAUCUCUAUAUAUAUAUGAAAUAUAUAUACAUAUACAAGCAUAUGCUAGUAAGAACGUAAAUGAAAAAAAAAACAAACAAAAACAUAAGUUAAAUAUUUUUAUUUUAUUAACGAACUCCAAACGGCAAAAUAUGCGAGGGAGGACUAGUCAAAAGAAAUAAAAACAUAUUUUGUGGUAAAAAAAUACUUAUGUUCCACAUUAUUCAAACUUUAGGCUCUUAAACAUGGGAUAUGAAGAGUGCUAUCGAAACAAAGGUGCAGCACAAACCUAUGCACAUCGUACAGGCAGGGAAACCAAAUUAACCCUUACUCUAACAAACCAAAACGCAAACCACAUAAAGAACAAGCUACAAUAUGCGUUAUUAUAGCAAAUCAAUCAAAGAGUUUGACGUGCGAUAACGUAGUACAACGCGUGUUAUGUUUACAUUGUCGUUUGCGACAAUGGAGGCGCCUGGUACCGGAACGUCCAGAAAGCGGCGAAGAGCAGUAAAACGUACAACACUCUAGACAGAUGAGAAAUAGUAACGAUGGUUAGUUUUGUUUUUAUUGAUUUGAAGUACGUUAACGUUUAACCGUUGGCCAUGACCGAAAAUGCCAGAGUGUGUAUGUAAAGGAGCUGCUGUACUUAUUUUGCUUGCAAUGGAGACGCCCAGUACUUUACGUGCACAUCCAAAGGUACGAAAGCGUGGAAAUGAAUUUAAAGUUUUAUGAUUCUAUUGAUUUAUACAUAGAAAGCUGCAUACAUCACACGAUAGGUAAUUGAAUUCCUUAGUGAGCGUAAAUCAUUUUCAACUAAGUUAAGCUUUUUUAAUAUAUUUUAUCAUUUUUCAACCCCAGCCCAUUAUUGCUCGAACGUUUGGGUGAUGCUUUGGGGGGGGGGGGGGAUGACAAUAAAGGUCGUUAAGAUAGUUUAAUUUGAUAUGAUAUGAUUCUCAUCCACCAAGGAAUUCAAUUACUUAUCAUUUGGGGCAUCAUAAAGGGCCAUAUAUUCAGCCUGUGUUUUAAAUCAACUAUAAAGCAAAACCAAAAAUCAUGUUCACUUAACUCUCUGUUCCACCUCCUAUCUGUAUUCCUUAAAUUGAAUUAUGGCCUGCUAACACUAACAAUUAUCUGUCCUGGCAUUUCUGAGUGUGAGCUUGUGUGGUUCACCCGAUCAAAAAGCAUAGGCAAAGGUAAAAUAAACAACCAAAACCAAAGGAAGACACAGUAAUGUUACAAAUGAGAUCCUACUAUCAGUAGCUAAACUUAAAUUGAAAGCAAUAAAUUUACGUUACAAAGAAGGAAAAGAAAAAGUAUUUCAAAAUAUUUAUAUUCGUAUACAUAUAUAGUGUGGGUGUAUGUAAAAAAGAAGAGGAAUGAUAAACUAAAUGCGCGAAAGGAAUGCGCAAGUCGAGUCGGUCGUUCCAUUUCCUGGCGACUUCAGCUUGCACCACUAGCGCGAGUGUCAUGUUUCAUGAACUGUGUACGGUAAAGCUACUCUGUUCGAUCAUAUCUUCACUGUCGGACGAAGGUAUAGCUACAGUUCGCGUAGAUUCAUUCGUAUCCUGUUCACUAAAGUAAGGUACUGGCGGCAAGGCGAAACAAACGGCGUUGCGCACGUCGCAGAUGUUUCGCUUGGCACAGCAUGCUUCGAAGUGGUUAAGGAAAGCUGCGCGUAAGCGAUAGUAGUGCCCGCACGAUGCGACAUUUGUAGCAAUGUGUAGUCGCAAUGAUUUAGUGUCAUGGUUUCUGGAUUUUUAGUAGCGUAUUCAAACGGGGCAUUAACACGCAAAGCGAGAGAUAAACUGAUACCGUAAGAUCUUGCAGCUCACAAGGCAGUCCAUGGUGGUAAAAUGUGUUAAAGUGAGCAGCAGCAUACGCAAAGAUCUUUUUACAGAUGUUUUAUCUUACACACACACACACGUCACUCAGCAGGCAAUUAGUAAAGACAGGGCCUACUCUUCCUGUGCUCUUCAGCGCGCACACUCUUACGGCACUGUUGCGGUGGUACACGGUUACUUCAGUGCCACCCUUUUCGAUUAUAGUACACGGUUGUGAAAAAAUAACAAAAUAAGAAUAAUUUAACUGCUUGCGUUUCCCGUUGCGUUCGUUUUGCUACAAUCGACUGCGUAUGUGCAUGUGUUUAGUGUUAGUGUUGGGAUGUUUUCUACCAUGUAGCCAUACAACCGUCAUUGGGGUUGUGGGUUUGGCUGCAUUUUUGGAGCAGGUUGAAACUCCGCAAAACUCAGAGCUUAGCCAGACCGCGAAGGUUACCACAAGUAUUCAAUGGAAUGAUACUGCACAAUUUGAAAGCAAUAGUUACGAUACAAAAGCACUGUGUUUUGCCGUAAAGAAAAACAACCAUUGCGCAAUGCUUUCACGAGCACAUACGUCCAAGGUGCUCCAAGGAAGAAAGCUCCUGCCACUGAACGUACGUACGUGCGGUGCUUUUCUAAAUGAUAUAUUUACAACAUAAGCCUUUUUUAUUAUAACUCACGAAAAGUGGUUUGCUUGGUUCUUAUAAGGGAAUCUGUUAAGAAGUGUGCUGCUUAUAAAUGAUAUUUUGGCGCUUUUAUUUCAACCCUACAAACAUUAAAAAUCAUCCACAUAAAAAAUCACGCCAACCUUAAUGUGUGUGUGUGUAGCAUACAUUGUAGCAACCGUGUAGGAAGCAUUUUUUUCUUUUUAAACCGUAUUUUAAUCGCUCCCUUUUGGCGAUGCACUCCUCGUACGUCACAGAUAAUAAUUGACGCAAGUCGGCAGCGGCAAACGGCAAGCAGACGGGCACCGCCAAAGCGCAGCGCAGAGAUUGUUAUUUGUUGCAACGUUUUUGCACCAUGUUUCGAAAACUUUCGGCUUAACGUAUUGUCCACUUUUUGGGCUGCAUUAUUGAAUUUACUGAUGAAAGGGGAAGCGCAACACAAAAUAAAACCACUCCACUUUAUACAUCGGAUAGUUAAAUGGGCGCUUGAAAUGGGUUGACGGGAGAAAACUAAAACACAGUCAAAAACCAAAAUGAAUUAACUAAACAAAAGAAAAGAAAAGAAAAGAAAAAAAGGAAAAAAAAACGUUUUUUGCAAAUACCUCCAAACAUACGCGAUGAGCGACAACAAACGCGGACAAGACAAGAGAGUAAUAAUUUUACCACAAACUUCUUAAGCGAAUUCUUAACAAAACUAAUAGUUUCGAGACCAGAGUAUACAACAACAACAAAAAAGGAAACAACAGAAAACAAUUAAAACAUAACUAUAUAUUAUACCGUAGAAGUAGUAGACUGCAUACAAUUAAACAGUGGAAAACACGAUCAGCAAAAACCAUUCGAAUCAAAUUUGCUACCGCUUCUUAGUGGGGGAGUCGGCGCUUGCACGGCACCAUUUGUGAUGGGGGAGUAUAUAUACAUAUAUUUUUUUAUGUAGUCCCAGAACCCGUGCAGCAAUCGUUACAUCCGCGUCAGCUUUCUCCCCUUUUUCUCAUACACCUCCGCAACGGUCACGGUGUCACGGUGUAUCGAUGUGGGUGUUGCAUGGUCAAAAAAAUGCUAAUGUGUGUAAGUUUGUGUGAAUGUGUGCGUGUGCAUGAGUGUGUGUGUGUGUGUGAGAGUGUUUUGUGUUAGGAGUGUGAUGUGUUAAUAGUGUUAGAGUGACAUUAAAAUUCUUGAGAUAAUAUUCGGAACCUCCCUCCCUUUCUCUACCCGCGUAGCUCCUCAAUCAGCCGUUUAUUACAGUCUACCUUAAUCCUUGAUCGUUCCUUAAUCCACGUUGAUAAUGUUUCAAGAUAACCACCCAUGAGAGGGUUGAAGGUACAGACGUAAAGAAAAGCAAAAGAAGCUAAAAAUGAAUAAAUAAAUAAACAAACAAACCAAUACCAACACCAGCCUAGGGCACGGCGCGUAUCACCUACGUCUUUAAGCUUUGCUCCAGAUUCUUAUCCUGUUUCCCACCAAAAUUGAAUAUUUUUCUAGAGUUAAGUACAUCACCAUCGGUGGCUGGAAUGGCCGUGCAAAUGAUGCAAUUGGUAGUCAUUGGUGAGUUUAUUAUUAUUAGCUACAUUGCGUUCCAAAUGGCGACCAAAUUGCGACGAAACAGUGGCGACUAGUGGCAAUUUGAUGGGAGCAGGAACGUCAGCAAGAAAGUUAGAAAAAUACUAAAACAAAAGUAUAUAUAUAUACAUCACGCGUACACGCACACAGAGACUUUCACUUUAUGAAGAUGUGUGACAAAAAAAAAACAAAACAAAGCGUUCUGAUGCGAAAAAUAAAACCAAACUAUCAGGGUGUAUUUUUGUAAUCUGUUACUGGUAGUGUGGUUCGUCAACAGUGUUGUUUCUCGUGUUAUGCACCAUAGCUAUUCAUGAACAUUAGUGGAACGAAGUGGAUAGAUGAGCUUGCGUAAACAAACAUUUAAACAUUAGUGAGUAGCGAUUUAAACCGUUUUGAAGGGGGAAGAUAAAAAAAAGAUAAAACAAGCAUGGUCAGAUUAAACAGAAGGAAACAGAAAGUAAUGUUUGCCCCACAAAGAGGAACAGCUUAACAACAAGGUGCGCUAAAAUGGCAGCAGUAACUGUGUAUAUCGUUGAAAAAGGCAAAUGAUAAACAAUCUUAUACACAAGAAAACAACGCAGAAAGACCAUCCCAAAAAAACAAAAUGGAUAGAUGCAACAUUUAGCCGAAAGAGCUCACAAUAGAACGGAGUGAAAUGUGACACUUCCAAUUCUGAAACACUCAAAGGCGAAAGGCGUGAGAAAGAACGCAUACAAAGAAAAGAAUUAUAUAUACAUCACAAAUAUACAUUUUUACUGCUUAAAGUAAUAUUUUUUGAUCCAGUUAUAGCAAAGCAAAAGUAUUUGAAACCUUAAAUAAACUAAAACUCUUAAGAAGCAAACCAGAACAAAAAAAAAACAAAAACAAAACCUAAAAUAGACAACAA